GGCGUGGCGGGAACCGGGUCGGGGCCGGGCCGGGCCGGGGCAGUGUCGGCGGCAGGGAUGGAUCUGGCAGUGGCGGCGGCCGGCGCCGGGGGAGCGGCGCAGCAGCACCAGCAGCUCCGCGAUGAGGUUGCCGAGAAGUGCCAGAAGUUAUUCCUGGACUUCCUAGAGGAGUUCCAGAACAGCGAUGGGGAGGUGAAGUACCUGCGUGAUGCUGAAGAGCUGAUCCGGCCAGAGCGGAACACGCUGAUCGUCAGCUUUGCGGAUUUGGAGCAGUUCAACCAGCAGCUGUCCACCACUAUCCAGGAGGAAUUUUACAGGGUUUAUCCUUACCUCUGUCGAGCAACGAAGACUUUUGCCAGAGACCAUGGAAAUGUUCCUUCAAACAAGGACUUUUAUGUUGCAUUCCAAGACCUGCCUACCCGACACAAAAUUCGGGAGAUGACCUCGGCAAAGAUCGGCUCCCUGAUGCGCAUCAGUGGGCAGGUGGUUCGGACCCACCCGGUGCACCCGGAGCUGGUGAGCGGGACCUUCCUGUGCCUCGACUGCCAGACAGUCAUCAAAGAUGUGGAACAGCAGUUCAAAUACACACAGCCCAGCAUCUGCAGGAACCCAGUCUGUGCCAACAGAAGGAGGUUCCUGCUGGACACGAACAAAUCAAGAUUUGUUGAUUUCCAGAAGGUCCGCAUCCAGGAGACGCAGGGGGAGCUGCCGCGGGGCAGCAUUCCCCGGAGCGUGGAGGUGAUCCUGCGCGCGGAGGCCGUGGAGUCCGCCCAGGCGGGUGACAAGUGUGACUUCACCGGCUCACUCAUCGUCGUGCCUGAUGUGUCCCAGCUCUCCACACCAGGGCUGCGCGCGGAAACCGGCUCCCGGCUGACGGGGACAGAGGGAUAUGAAACCGAAGGCAUCCGAGGGCUGCGCGCCCUGGGAGUCCGGGAGCUCUCCUAUAAGCUGGUCUUUCUGGCUUGUUAUGUUGCACCAACAAAUCCACGGUUCGGUGGAAAAGAGCUCAGAGAUGAAGAACAGACUGCAGAGAGUAUUAAAAACCAGAUGUCUGUGAAAGAGUGGGAGAAGGUUUUUGAGAUGAGCCAAGAUAAGAACCUUUACCAUAAUCUGUGCACCAGCCUCUUCCCCACUAUCCAUGGUAACGAUGAAGUGAAACGUGGGGUCCUGCUGAUGCUUUUUGGAGGAGUUCCUAAAACCACAUCAGAAGGCACUUCGCUGCGUGGGGACAUCAAUGUUUGUGUUGUUGGUGACCCAAGUACAGCCAAGAGUCAAUUUCUAAAGCAUGUGGAUGAGUUCAGUCCCCGUGCCGUUUACACCAGCGGCAAAGCCUCCAGCGCCGCGGGUCUGACGGCGGCUGUCGUGAAGGAUGAGGAGUCCCAUGAGUUUGUCAUCGAAGCUGGAGCCCUGAUGCUGGCGGACAACGGGGUUUGCUGCAUUGAUGAGUUCGACAAGAUGGACGUGCGGGAUCAGGUGGCCAUCCAUGAGGCAAUGGAGCAGCAGACAAUAUCCAUCACCAAAGCAGGAGUGAAGGCCACCCUGAAUGCCAGGACUUCCAUUUUGGCUGCAGCAAACCCGGUUGGUGGGCGCUACGACAGAUCCAAGUCCCUGAAACAGAAUAUAAACCUCUCAGCUCCCAUCAUGUCUCGCUUUGAUCUCUUCUUCAUCCUCGUGGAUGAAUGUAAUGAGGUUAUGGAUUACGCCAUUGCCCGGCGCAUCGUGGAUCUGCAUUCCAGAGUGGAAGAGUCUGUGGAUCGUGUCUAUUCCUUGGAUGAUAUCAGAAGGUAUCUGCUGUUUGCCAGGCAGUUCAAACCAAAGAUAUCCAAGGAGUCUGAGGACUUCAUAGUGGAGCAGUACAAGCGGCUGCGGCAGCGCGACGGCGCCGGGGUGACCAAGUCGUCGUGGAGGAUCACGGUGCGGCAGCUGGAGAGCAUGAUCCGGCUGUCCGAGGCCAUGGCCCGCAUGCACUGCUGUGACGAGGUUCACCCAAAACAUGUGAAGGAAGCUUUCAGGCUUUUAAAUAAGUCCAUCAUUAGAGUUGAGACUCCCGAUGUCAAUUUAGACCAAGAUGAUGAGCAACAAGUGGAGGAUCAAGAGGACCAAGAUGGGGUCAAUGGUGAGGCAGAAGCUCCAGCUGGGGUCAAUGGCCUAGUGAAUGGGGUCAAUGGCCAUCCUGAGGAUGGGAACAAGGAUGCUGCACCCAAAGCUUCUCUUAGACUGGGCUUCUCCGAGUACAGACGGAUUUCCAAUCUCCUGGUGCUGCACCUCAGGAAAGCAGAGGAAGAAGAGGACGAUUCAUCAUUAAAGAAAAGUGAACUUAUUAAUUGGUAUCUAAAGGAAAUUGAAUCUGAAAUUGAUUCUGAAGAAGAACUAAUAAAUAAAAAGAAGAUCAUAGAGAGAGUCAUUCACCGACUCACACAUUAUGACCACAUUCUGAUAGAACUGUCCCAGUCUGGACUGAGAGGAUCCAAAGAAGAGGAGACUUUUGAUGAAGAUCCAUACCUGGUUGUCAACCCAAACUAUCUGCUGGAAGACUGAGGGCUGGGAGCUGCAUUGGAGAGCUGACUGGUUACAAGUUGGAAAAUGCAUUCUUUUCUUGCAGGGGUUGCUGUACAGCAAACUCCUUAAAUUGCCAUGGAUGUGCCAGUGUGUGGUCGGUAAUAUGGGAUUGCUCAUUCACACUGAGCAUACCUGGAAGGUUUUUAAAUUUAUAUAUUAGUUUCAUUAUUAAUUCUCAAUUUUAGUGCCAUCAUCUGGAUGCAGAAGAGAAUCACCCAGUGGCUUUUUUUAUCAUCAAGCUAUUUAGGUGCUUCUGUUUUAAAUGAGAGGAAUUUUGCAUAGUUCUUCUGCUGCAUUUAGUAGAUUUUUUUUAUGGUAUAUGUUUUUAUUGUUUUUCUUAUUAACAUAAAUAAAAGCUCAUCCACUGGGAGUGGAUUGCUGUUA